CAGACGUCAGGUGUGCGCGUGCUGUUGACUCGUCAGUACCAGGGGUUGUAGGUAGCCUGCAAGGGCUAGCGGGCUGUGUAUAAGAAGUUCGAGGUUGUAUGUAGAGUAUAGGACUAGCGUGUGUGUAAUAAGACUCUAGUACAGGUGUGUGUGUGUGUGUUCAAGACUCGAGGAGGGUUUGCACAGAACAAGGUGUGCGUUGAGGACUCCAGGUGUGCGUUGAGGACUCCAGGUGUGCGUUGAAGACUCCAGGUGUGCGUUGAGGACUCCAGGUGUGCGUUGAGGACUCCAGGUGUGCGCCUGUAAAUCGACGACUGAAGCUUGCUACGGACAUGGCCCUGAGUGACGCGGACGUGCAGAAGCAGAUAAAGCAGAUGAUGGCAUUCAUCGAACAAGAGGCGAACGAGAAGGCCGAGGAAGUCGAGGCUAAGGCAGAAGAGGAAUUUAAUAUCGAGAAGGGAAGACUCCUUCAGACGCAGCGCCUCAAGAUCAUAGACCACUUUGAGAAGAAGGAAAAGCAGAUCGAUAUGCAGAAGAAGAUUCAGGUGUCAAACCUGAUGAACCAUGCCAGGCUGAAGGUGCUCAAGGCUCGUGAAGAUCUCAUACAGGACCUGCUCGCGGAUGCGAAGAAGCGACUUGUGACGGAUGCCCGGGAUCCGGCCCGGUACCGGUCGCUCAUCGAGGGCCUUCUCAUGCAGGGAUUGUUCCAGCUGCUGGAGCCACAGGUGGUGAUUCGGUGCCGGCAGCAGGACGUGACCCUGGUGAAGGAAGCCAUGGAGAAGGGGAAGGCGGAGUACAAGGCGUGCGUCAAGAGGGACAUUCACAUCCGCAUCGAUGAGAACGACUGCCUGCCCCCUGACGUGGCCGGUGGGCUGGAGAUGUACAGCGGGGACGGGAGGAUCAAGGUGGAGAACACCCUGGAGAAACGACUGGAGCUCAUCGCGGAGCAGCUGCUCCCAGACGUGCGAGUAAUGCUCUUCAAAGUCAACCCCAAUCGACGCUUCUUCGACUGAGCACAGCUCAGCACAUGGCGCGAUAGCACCCACAGACCAUAAACAUUAAUACACGAUUCAUGUACCAUCCUCUACACACAACGUGCAUCACACACACCAUCUCUACAUAACACACAUCAUAUACAUACAAUCCACAUCAUGCAUGCAUCAUCUCAACACACAUACAUCACAUCAUACACCACCUUCCACACCCAUCACACGGUCAUCCAGGCAUCACACACACCAUGACCACCAUGUCAACACAACACACCUAUUACACAACAUACAUUGCCAUCGACUAUAGCUUGUGAACACGUUUGUUGGUGCAUUAUUCAAUAAACAUUUCAAUGUCCGAACCAAAGUUUAGGGCGUGCAACUCAAAUCUGUUUAUCCGGAACUUUUAACUUUGUCAAUUUAAUUCAUCACCUUCCGAUGCAUUGUAAAUGUUUGGGUAUCAAAAGACCAUGAACUGGUGGUUAAGUCACCGUUACCGUCAAGGUGAAAUAAACCCUAUUGAAGUUGGGGUUCUAAUUAAAAUCACAAAAUUUACACAAUUCGUAUUCAGAGCUUCCGCCUUCAGAAUAUUAACACUGUAGGAGUGCAAGAACCUGGUUUUAACUGAAACUGGGAACUGCAAAACAUUUCAAAAUUCUGGACCCUGGCCAGUGUGAGGUCGACAACGCCUGCAUUAAUUCCAAGACACACGAGCCAAUAUUCUUUAACUUACCAAGCUUUUAGAAAUACAACUUGUACCGUCAAGAAAAAUCAGAAGACACAUUUACCAUAGAAUGUCACUGUUGAAAACUUAAUUUACGGAUGUUUUAUUCUUAAAUGAAUCUUUGCAAUUGAUCACAAAUUGAUUAAAUCCAUCAUAUUUAAACAUACGAGCCCAUUGAGAUUUAGCAUCUCCAUUGAAAGAGAGUUGUUACAUUAUAAGGAAAAAAACAUUGCUGUAAUUAUUUUGCGUAUGCACUUUUUAAUAUUGUUUUAUUUGGACUAAGACAUUGCACAAUGAUUUACCCUUUCUAUUGAAAUACAAUGGUCGAUUCAUACCAAUUAUAUUCCAAUUGUGCUUUCGGCAUUUACGCACAGAGCGAAGGAUCCGACAUUUCCAGUUCCCCCAUCUCAUGCAUCUGGCCACAUUUCGCUGGGCAACAUCCCAGAAGCCAGCAAUCACAUCAUGGGUGGUGCCAAUAUUUGACAAGCACGGAAUUCCCCGACUGCAAAGAACAGGGGGGAGCAGGUGGCAUGGGUACGACGGGCCCCUUCUUUCUCAGUGAUGUUUAGUCAAAAAGAUACUGCAUUUCGGAGGAAGAAGAUGCUGUAGUCAGGAGGAUGGGACAAUUAGGCAGGCUCACGUGACACAAAGGAAAAAUGUUUAUACUGUUUAGCAGUUUUAUAAAUAUGUUCAGGUUAAUGAAGGCAUGUGAAUAGAGUACGUGAACAUGUUUUUAACAUUAAGAAAACCGAAAUCGGUACCAUAACCGUAGGCCGAAUCUGUAUCCUCCACAUGGUUACAAGAAGGUCCCUGUCACAACCCUGCAACUACAACAUCUUUUAAUGGAGCGACACAUUUUUUAAAAUGUUUAAAAGUGGAUUGAAUUAAAGAUAUUCGACAACAGAUAAAAGUGCAGGUAACGUUUGAUUUACUGGUAAAAUGUAGUCAACUGGUUCCUGCACACCUGUCCCAUAAUCACCCAUAAGUUCAGUGAGUGGCGGGGGUAAAUGAUUUCCCCCCCCCCCCACCCAAGUUAGUCAGGAUGUGGUUAACAGCCCCCACUGCCUCAUGCGUGCCACCGUCCGUGUGCCACUGUCCGUGUGCCACCGUCCGUGUGCCACCGUCCGUGUGCCACCGUCCGUGUGAAAGACUUUGGCCCGAGAUGUAUGAAGGUCCCAUUUUCACACAGCCAAGACACCGUGUACUUCCUUCAUCUGCACGAUGAGCGAGGCAUUCGCUGUGCCUAAAACUGCCAAACGAUGAGCCCUGGCAUCUUGGCGUGUUGGGCAAAUUAAGUUCUGCCACCAAAUUUCGAUAGGUUUUUACUCGUUCUUUUUUUUGUUCUGGUGCAGUCAUUCUGUGCUGCAGCCGAAACUGUCGAGCUGGCUACACGCGGAAGAACUCGACCUCACUUUCGGUUGGGGGGAGCCUGGGAAUCAAACGCAGGAUACUUCAGUGGUUGGCCCCAAGUGCUCCGACAUCAGCGUCUCACGAGGCACAACCCUGAGCCACUUCUCGUGUUGAUGUUUUACAAGUGUAGGAGGCGAAAAUGAGGUUUUGCAGUCAAAUCUCAGAACUGAAUCAAUUCUGGAACGAAGUAUUUAAAUGUUUACACGCUGGGUGAAGGCAAUUGGGGGGGGGGGGGGUGUCUGCUCUGAAAUUUAUCAACGUGGCCAUUGAAAAGCUGCUAACGCCCUCUGCACAAUGAGUGCACAAUGAAGGGAGGAACGAAACGCAAAACUCAAUGCAUUCCAUGGAUUGAAUAUCAUUUGAGUCGAAUCAAGGGGCAUUAUUGUCAUCAAUUGGCUGCUUAUGCCUGUUAAGGGAUACCUAUGCAAACAUUUAAUCGCUGAGUGACUUGAAAACUAUGUGUCAGAUUACCUGAGGUUAUUAGGGAGAGACUCAUGGCCUCAUCUGAUCCAAUGGGAAUUGGGGAGGCUUCCAGUGUUGACAUACGCACGGAUCAUGGCGAGCGACGUUUAGCGAUGGGUUUCACAUUGCGCGAACCGCCCACAAAACCUGCAGCUUUUACACAAUUUGGCAAACUUGUGGAAUAAAACACGAUGCACUUCUCGCGCCAGCCAAUUCGAUUUCGUUCAGCGUUAUAUAUAUAAAAAAAAUUACGUGCGCGAGGUUGCAUUGUCCAGAUUGUAUUAUAUAUAAGAAUGUAUUCUUAUUUCAUAUGCACGGGACAAUGUUGUUCUUUGUAUUGUUACAAAAAGAUUUCACUUCGAUCAACGCAAGAUGUGCACCGUCCUUCAGCUGGAAACAAACGUCAACCCACCCCGAUCCGAAUUAAAAAAGCGGCCCCAAAGUUUCAGAAUUCGAGUGUUUAAAAUUCAAAUGAUUAAGGUGGGGCUCGUGUCAAUUUGGGACAGCAGUGCUGUAAAUGUUUUCAAUGGUUUAAACCCCCACUUCGCCAUGCGCUAAGGCGACACGGGGAGUACUUUAAAAUCGGGCCAAAGCAAACACACUUGAGGUCACGCUUGCCUGCCGUAGUUCUAGUUUUGCACAGUUCGAGAUUUCAAUUUCCACAGCGUAUUGCACGUGCUAAACACAAUAACAAUGUUUCCCGUAAAGCAGAUGUUAAAAGACCAUGUGACAUCAUUUGCAAGGGUAGACCACUGUGUUCAUGUUAGAGCCCAAAGCUCAACAAUUAAAAUUACAUUAAAAUUACAAAAAUUUAGUUUACAAAUGAGAAAAGAGAUACGCUUAUCAAUGGGCUUUCACUUUGUUUUAAGGGUAAAUGGUUUAAAAAUGUUGGUUCCAAGUGGUUUUUAGGCAGAUAUAUUAAUAUUUCCAUGCCAGACAUACAAAGCUCAUAUGUUAAAUAUAUUUCAUAGAGAUGUGCAUAUCUCACACUACAUUUUUCAUUCGUAA